AUGGCGUCACCUCAGAUAGUGGAGAUAUUUCCAGGAGACUUUGAUGACAUCGAAGCAACAAGCGUCUCUAUCAAUGAUGUGAUGCAUCUGUCUUCAUAUAAUUGGAUCGAGGCACGAACGCCGACCAUUGCCGUCCCAGGCACUCCAGCUUGUUGGUCUCCCCCGAGAGGCCCCCAGCAAGUCAAAAUGGACUCAGGGGUCUAUCUUAUUGCCGAAAACGCCAUUCGUCAUCCAACAAGCCCCUUUGAGCCUCUGUUUCGGGCACUUUACCUCGAAAAUCCCUCCUUUGAUAUUCGUUCAGUCGAUGUUGUCACCGACCGGAACUGCAUCCGACAACUACUUUCGUUCAUAAAUCCUGGUCUGGAAAAAACUCAACGCUUCACGCUGCACGUAGAGUUAAUCAAAAAUACGGUGAUCAUCUGCCGUGUGGAGAAAAAGAAACGACAAUACAUCAAGCCUGGCCAGCCCAGUGGUUUCGGACACAACUUCGAGAAAAGGUACACGAUUCAUCAAAUCAAGGGUAGCACCAGUCACCACAGAAUCAUCUCUUAUACCUUUGGGGCUCUGAAACUUCUGAUUCGUCAUGAAACAGAUGGAUACGUUGCCGCUGGUAUAGCGGGACAUUCGACUACUGUCAAUCAAUCAACACACGAUCACCUUUCAAGCAAGAUGAAAUCUGUGUCUCUAUCCCAGCCUGGCAUUUAUCUUUAUACCACUCCUCCAGAGUGCAAAUUGACCAUCAGAAAAGCUGGCGAACCGGUGCCGUUAGCCUCAACCCUCGAGAUAAAAACACGAACCAUCAAAAGACCUCUUGCAAUGAAAGACUUCGCGGCACAAUUGUGGAUCUCACAAACCCCUAAGCUUGUGCGAGCCUACCAUACUGAGGGGAAGUUCCAGCCACCUGAGGUCGAGGAUGCGAUAGCUGUAGUAAAGAGCUGGGAAGACCUUCAUCAAGUCGAUUUGAGAAAGCUAGCUGCAUUAAUCCGUAAGAUCAUCGAAGUUACAAAGGAGUGUGGUGGGGCUGCCACAAUCAAACGAGAGCCCCAAAGCAAGAAAUUGACCAUUGAAAUGGCACACAGAGAUAGAAUGCUACCUAUGGAUCUAUAUGAUAAGUGGAAUGAAGAGAAGCCAGAACUCUAG